UAGUAGUUCAGCUUGAGAUGCGGCAAAUACGAUGGUGAAAUCGUCUUCGCAAAGAUUAAGCAAGUUAGAUCGCUAGCAGAAAUGACUCUGUUAGAUUUAGAAGGUAUAUAUUACAAGACGGAGGUGAAAAUAUGUUUUUUUUUUGAUAAAAAUCAAUCUCAAUGCUGCAACGAGUUGUGUUAUAUGGUUCAGUUUUAACUGUUCACUAAACUGUUACCAGAUUGCUUAGCGCGAAGUUGUUGAGCCUCGAAGAAGGCAUUGCCUUUCUCCAGCUAUGGUCGCGCUUGAAAUUUGAGAAUUCCCCCGUAUUGAAAAUCGAACUUACUGAUUGAAAUCGAAUUGUGCUUUCCAGGACUUAUGAAUAAAAGAGUCGAUCAAGAGUGAUUCAGCUUUCUUUUCACUGUUCGGUGACUUGAAGAUAGCAUUGGAAUAGUACAAACAACGUUUCAAUGAAGCACAAUUCUUAUUUUUCUUACAUCCUACUUGCAUUGUUUAUGUAUUUAUGGAGUUCGGUAGAAGGAGAAGCUUUCAACAGAACAUGUCAAAGCCAAAAUUCAAAAACAAAGCAAGCGUACGUCAACUGGCCAUUCAGCGUCAACUGUGAUUAUUUGAAAUCUAUUUGGGUAACGAAAACACAUAAUAUUGAUGAUGAUAAUAUUCAAUGCAUCACAACUCAGGGAGACAUUGAGAUCAACGACACAAUUCUAGAACUAGCAUCACUUACUGAUAACUCGAACUAUACUGCUAAACUGAUUAUCAAUAACACUAUUUGCUUGACAAAUAAAGUACAAGUUGUUCUUCGACCUUUCCCGGAAAUAUGCAAGGUAGGGGUAAAUAACGCCAUCUCCCGUGAAUCUACAAUUGGGGAUAGCGUGAAUUUGAAUUGCAGACCUCCAGAAGGCGAUCCAGAUAUAAUUCCAGCAGGAGCAGAUCAAUCUAAGUUUAAAACUAAAUGGUACGUUAAUUGUAAAGAUGAAGAUUAUAGAACUAAUGAUCCAUGGACUGAAUUUUCGGACCCUGGAUACCCGAAUGGAUUGAAUAUGCCACGAGUUGAUUUCUACGAUGCCGCAGACUUUACAUGUACAGUAACAUACGAAGGAAAAAUAUUGUAUGCUGUUACAUACGAACAAUGUAUAAAACAGCGCACUGAGUCCAUCAAUCCUACAAUCACCUGUGUCAAUUAUGAAACUAAAGCACUCGGUGAUACUGCUGUACUUGAUUGCGAAGGACAGAUAGUAUUGGGAAACACUCCGUCAAAACAUUUUGCAGUCCUAUGGCAAAGGAACAGCGAUACAAUUUGCGAAAAUAAUUUUUUCAACCAGACAAAUCUUGGAGUUUUUGACAACAGACAAUCAUGCAUCGUGAAAGGCAACAAUGACUCCGUUGUUUGUGUCGUUGACGGCGAAAAAAUACAAAAUCGAAAAAAGAUUAUCGAUAUAAACUUGUAUAUUCGAGACUUGAAAAGCAACGAUAUUGGACAAUAUACUGUCAACUUGGGUUUUUUCGAUAUAUCAUCUGGCUCGUGGAAGAACGAUACUUGGGUUGUGAAACUAAAUGAAGACAAUACGCCACGACUACUUCGACUCAUCAUGAUUCUUAGUAUAUGCCUGGGUGUGCUGAUAUUAAUCAUCAUUCUGGUCUUGCUUUAUAAAAGAUUUGAGAUCUACAUUCUUGUUGCGUACAAGAGAUCAUGGCUAUGGAAAUAUGAUCGAGACGACAAGCAAUAUGUCUGCUAUCUUUCAUAUCUAUAUGAUUCUGACACUCUUUCUGAUGAAAGUCUCAGGGCUACAUCGACCAUCGUAUACGCGAUUCACAACCUGUUGGAAGAUUCGAAUUAUACAUACUAUGAUGAACAAAGGCAGGUUGAUUUUACAGUUCAAGUUGAAAGUAUCACAAACCUUAUAGAAAGAUGUCACCGGAUGGUUUUUGUCUUAACUCCUGAAUAUCUAAAUGAUCGCUGGAUGAGAUUUCACGCGGAAUUGGGUUUUCAUGGGCUUCUCGAGUCUAAAAUGGGCCUAAUAUUCAUUCUCACUCCGGGAACGAAAAGGGUGCUGAAGAAACUAGCAAGGACAGACAAAGUUUGGGAAAGGCUUCUGAUUGCUAUCAAGACAAACCAUGUUAUAAAAUGGAGAGAAGCAAUGAACGAAGAUAAGUUGAAGAGAAACAUCGAAUACAGACUUCCAAAACUUGCUCGGAGAUUUUGAGAUUUACAUGGUUCGAAUUCGAGCUGUAUGGUUGUAAUCCUGAUUAUACUAGAUCUGUGAGCCAAACCACAAAUCAUAUAUGAUGUCGGAUGAUGGGGCUGCACAGGGUGACUUUAGAAUGUGAUGUGAUUCUAAGCAUUCCAUGUGAAUUGCAAACGUGUAUUUUAUUUACAAUCAUUCAACUCGUAUAAGAUGUAGGGCUGGGCAUUUUCGAAUAGUAGAUGAUUUCAGAAUCGAAUUGAAUCUUGGAUAAUUCGAAGGUUUUUAAAUUACUACAACAACGUUAUUAUAUGUGACUGUUUGUUGUAAUGGGCUCUCCUGAAACACAAAUCACUGAAAACACAGUAUUUAUCAUUUUUUACUAUUUGUUUAGAGUUGGGCACUCUAAAUAAAAUAUAGUAUUUCAAGAUUAGGUUUUGAAAUUAUUUUUAUCCGGGUCUUGCCCAUUCUCGUCAUUUGUUAUAUUUUAUGCAUUAGGUGAAAUGAGAAUGUUCAGAUGUUAAUCCUAGAUUUGACAAUUUUUUUUAUUGUGUUGUUAAUAUAUACAUAUUGCAGCCGCAGCACUGUUAGCUUUAAUUGUUCAGCGUCCUUCGAUUCUAGAAGUCAUUGUCAUAGUUUUAACUAUUUUUUAUUAGAUGUUCUCUGAUGAACUAUAGUCGAUAAAUGAAUUAUAUUCCUUCCUAAAGUUUUUUUAUGUACCAUUUUCUUUCGUGUCGAAUAGAUAAAUGAUAUUUUUUCUCAUUAAUAUGAAAAGUGUUAAUUUAAUUUGAACAAUUUAUAAGUUUGUUUAGUUUGGAGAAUUCAAAACUGAUUCAUAAAAUAUAUUAAAAGUUCGUUUUGAACACUAUUUCUUUCGUGUCGAAUGAAUAAAUGGUGAUAUAUUUUAUAUCGCCAAUUUGAAAGGUGUUGAAUUAGUUUGAAUGAUUGAAAAUCAAUUUAUGCAAGUUUUUGAAGCCGCAAUUUGCAUCUGCAAAUUUUGUGUUUUUUUAUGAUUUUUGUAUUGUUUUGUCAUAGAUUUGAUCUCAACUGUUUAAGCACUGCAUUUUAGCUUAGCAGCGUGUGUUCUAUUUUAAGUUUUGCUUAUAAAAUUGUAACCUGUGAAAUAUUCUUCAGUCCAACAAUAAAUUGUAUAAAUACCGAUAUAUUUUGAUUUCCAUAUUGCACCAAAUGUGAGAUUGGUUGAAAUACAGAAAUGUUUUUCAAACGUUGUAUAUCGAUUUGAUGCACCUACUCAUCCUUGUAAAUAAGUCUUGUUUUUUUCUCACUCUGUUUGAAAUAUAUUUUAAUUUUUUUUAAGGUAUAUUAAAUUUUAAAAUGGGUGUUGUCUCUUUUUGCUGCAAAAUAUUUAACAUUCGUUUUCAAACAAUAUCUUGGGAAAUCGAAUAAUUCAGGAUAAUAUGACUAUAGUCUCACGCUUUACGGCACGUCAUUCUUUGCAUUUUAUUUGAUAUAAGUGGAUUAGCAUGCUUUCAUUUCAAUUUCUAAAAAGAAUUCAUAAAUAAUCUGACCGACCUCGAUAAAUUCACUUAGUGUUAUCGUGGUUUAAAUCGAUCGCGUAUUAGUUUCUAUUAUGUUGUUCCAAAUUCAGUAUACAUAAUCAAACUUCAAAUGCCUACAUGCUUGCAGCCGAUAAAUUCCAC